AUGUCUGGUCCUCCUCCGCAUCUACCUUCCUUCAACGCGAGCUCAACAAUCGGUGCUUUGUUGGUCGGAACACUUUUCUCGGUCGCAAAUGACCUGCUUCAAGUUUGUAUUCGCUGUUCGCUGAUAAAACAACAGUUUGUCCUUUUUGGCGUCACCACAGUUCAGCUGUACCUAUAUUACGGACGCUUUCCAGACGACAAGCUCGGGCUAAAGCUUCUGGUAGGAGUUGUCUGGCUUCUUGAAGCUACACAUGUCGCCUGCAUCGGACAGGUCAAUUACUUUUAUGCGGUCACCAACUACGGCAAUCCCUCCAGCUUGUUUGGUCGGGCGCCAGCUGCACUGGCGGUUUCCGUUGCUCUUGGUGCGCUCAUCACCGCCAUUGUCCAAGGUUUCUUUGCGUUUCGAAUAUGGACACUCGCGCCAAAUGUGUUCUUCAAGCUAGUACCCCUCGUCCUCUGGCUCAGCGCAUUUGUAUACCUCGUCGCGGCAAUCGCUGAUACAGUCUUCGCCAUUGAGGCUGUCAGUAUCCCCGCCUUCAUCGAGCAGUACGGCUGGCUCCUCCUUGCGCCGUGGGUCCUCAACCUCUUCAACGACAACGUCAUCACGCUAUCGCUGGUGGUACUCCUCCUGAUGAACCGCAAUCGCGGGCUACAGAAGACGACGGCCUUGGUGGACAAACUUGUUGCUUGGACCAUUGGCAUAAACGGGGAUGAUUACGAGUAUAUUCAGCUGCUUGAAUGUGGGCUUUGUGGGUGGCUUUGUUAUCAGCGAGAACCCAAUAACUUUAUUUGGGUCGGUAUUCAGGUCGUCAAAGCCCGAUUGUUCGCUAAUUCCCUGCUGGCAUCACUUAACUCGCGGCACACGCUCCGCGACCUGAAUUCAAGAGACUUGCACAGCGUUCGUGGCAGCACUACCGGCGCGCACUUUCAAGUCAGUAGGCCGAUAUCGACCAAUCGGGCGGGCAUAUCCAGUAAUUAUCCCGCCUCGACCCACGGUCAGCCCCUGGAUAUUGCGAUGACUAAGGUGACGCUUCAGGAGAGCGACCCCGAUGAUGUGGAGCGUGCCGAGUAUGAGCAUAAGAGGUGA